AUGGAAGCUGCCAAAGCUGCUCCCCAGCCAAUGAUUGCCCGCGUUACCCGCCUUCUUGGCCGCACUGGUUCUCAGGGACAGUGUACACAGGUUCGUGUGGAGAUCGUGGAAUCCAAGCGAAGCAUCAUCAGGAACGUGAAAGGCCCGGUCCGCGAAGGGGAUCUACUCGUCCUCUUAGAAACCGAGAGAGAGGCCAGGAGGCUGAGAUAG